AAGUUCAUCAUACCUGCUUAUGAAUAAAUACCGUUUGCUUAAGUGCCGGAAAGUCAAGCUGUCUGGCAAAAAUGGCUCAGAACGCUGGAAUCGACGCGCAGGCGCUGCGAGAUGCGGGAGCACAGCUCGCUGCUGCGCGCAAAACGCUGGAGGUGCAGCGGCAGCUGCGCGAGAGCAAUUUGAACGUCGUGCGACCGAGCGAGGACGAGCUCAAGCAGCUUGACAGCAGCAUCAAGAAAAACUCUACACUUACCAAAAAGCUGCGGCAGCUCACGGAGGACAGCAAGCAGCCCAUCCUUGACGACAUCCGAAAGACGAACCAGAGCAAGUAUGUGAGCGAGGCCGUUGGCGCAAUCUCGGACGCGCCCCUCCGCGCCGUUGACGUGCCGGCAGCCGUGGCGGUGUGCUCUCUGUUGCACCAGCGAUAUGCGGAGUUCGGGGAACAGAUUGCACCGGCGCUGGCAAAGGCGUUUCCGAAGGCUGGGGCGGGAGCCGAGGGCGGUGGCGCGGCGGCGGAGCGGGAGGGCGCCAAGCGGCGGCGCGCGGCGCUGCGGCUGUUGGGCGAGCUGCUGGCGGCUGGCGUGGUGUCCAGCGCGACUCCGCUGCUCACCGUGCUGAAAGACCUGGCCCUGCCGGACUACAAGAAGGAUCGUGAGGGCGCGAUCACGGCGCUGACGCUGCUGGGGUCCUUCGCGCGGCCCGCACGUGAGCUGCUGCUGGGGCUGCAGCUGCCGGCGGCGGCGCUGGCGGCGGAGACGGCGGUGCCCGCCGAGCUGGCGCAGCCGGGUGCCGCCGCCGGCCUGCCACUCGACCUGGCGGAGGCGCUGGCGGCCUUGCGCGCCGAGCAGGAGGCCCUGCAGACGGAACUGGAGAAGAGGUUCGUGCUGCCUACGUCUGAGGCGGGUGUGCUGUCCAAGGUGUUUGACCGGGCCUUCGAGGCGGCGGCGGCGGCGCUCGGGGAGGACCACAGACAGCUGCAGGAGAUUGAGGCUGAGAACUCGGCGCUGGUCAACACACGCGGCGACCUGCCCGCGGAGGCUGCCGCCGAGUACGAGCGCCGGCGCAAGGCCUAUGAGGCCCUGCACCGCGCGGUGGCGGCGCUGGCGGAGGGCCUGGGCCGCGACAUGCCAGUGGCGGCGGCGGAGGACGCCUUCACCCGCCUGGGCGCGGGGGACAGCGCGUCCAAGGAGGCCGCUGGCAAGGACGCGGGCCGCGACGCGGGUGGCGACGCGGGGGCUGCGCCAGAGCAUGCCUUCGAGGACCCGGACGUCCGAGCCUUCUAUGAGUCACUGCCUGAGGUGCGGGAGCUCGUGCCAUCGGUGCUGCUGUUUGGUCCGGACGGCAAAGACCCCCGGGCUGUGGCGGCGGUGGCGUCUACGUCAAAGGAGGCAGUGGGCAAAGAGCAUCCCGCAGCAGCAGCAGCCGGGGGAAAGGAGGGAGAGGAGGGGCAGGCGGCGGCGGCGGCGGCAGGAGAGGGUGCGGCAGCACCGGCGGCGGGGGCGGCAGAGGACGCGGCGGCAGCAGCCGGUGCCUCGGGCGCCGCGGCGGGGGCGGAGGCGCCCGCUGCAGAGGAGGAGACCCCGUUCGCAGCCGGUGUCACCGGAGACGGCGACGGGCGCCGCGCUAGCGCCGACGGCGAGGGCGAUGCCGACGGCGGCGCGGCCGGCGGCGGCGCCGAGGGCGGCGGCGGCGGCAGCGCGGCGCUGGACCUGGUGCUUUCCAAACUGGGCACGUGCGUGUCGAGAGACCUGGCCGACGAGCUGGCGGUCAACUUCUGUUACUGCAACACCAAGGGCAACCGCAAGCGGUUGGUUCGCGCGCUCGUGGAUGUGCCGCGCGCCUCCCUGCAGCUCAUCCCCUUCUUCGCCCGGGUGGUGGCGGUGCUGGCGACCGUGUUCCCGGACGUGCCCCAGGGCGUGCUGUCUGCGCUGGAGUCCCAGUUCGGCGGGCUGCUGCGGCGCAAGGACCCCUCCCUGUCCGCCGCCAGCCUGGAGCCGCGCCUGCGCACCGCGCGCUACCUGGCCGAGCUGGCCAAGUUCCGGCUGCUGCCGCCCGGCAGCUUCUUCUCGGCGCUCAAGCAGCUCCUGGACGACUUCACGGGCCACAACAUUGACACCGCCUGUGCGCUGGUAGAGGGCGCGGGCCGCUUCAUGUACCGCUGCGCCGAGACGCGGCAGCGCAUGGAGAACAUGAUGGAGGUGAUGAUGCGGCUGAAGAACGCGCGCAACCUGGACCAGCGGCAGGGCGCCCUGGUGGAGAGCGCCUACUGGGCAGUCAAGCCGCCCAGCAAGGGCAGCCAGCGCAGGAAGCGCUCCCCGCUGCACGAGUACAUCCGGCACCUCAUCUUUGACGUGCUGGCGGAGAGCUCCAUCCCCACCGUGCUGCGCAAGUUGCUCAAGCUGCCCUGGGCCGCGCACGAGCAGUACGUGGUCAAGUGCCUGCUCAAGGUGGUGCGCGGGCGCUACGCCAACAUCCCGCUGGUGUCCUGCCUGGCUGCGGGGCUGGCCCAGUACCACGACUCUGUGGGCGUGGCGCUCGUGGACUGCGUGCUGGAGGACAUACGCCUGGGGCUGGAGACGCCCGGAGCGGGCCUGUACCAGAAGCGCAUGGCUGAUGUACGGCUGCUGGGCGAGCUGUACAACUACAUGCUGUGCAACUCCACGCCCGUGUUCGAAACGCUGUACCUGCUGGUGACGUUCGGCCACGAGAGCCCCGAGCUGGCGGAGCGACUGGACCCGCCCGAUGACUUCUUCCGAGUGCGACUGGUGUGCGCGCUGCUGGACGCGUGCGGGCAGUACUUCAGUGAGGGGGCAGCUCGGUCACGACUGGACCGCUUCCUCACCUUCUUCCAGGCCUACAUUCUGUCCAAGGCGGCCAUGCCCCUGGAUGUGGAGUUCGACUUGCAGGACGUGCUGCACAUGCUGCGGCCGCACCUGCGCCGCCUCGACUCGUACGAAGCGGCGUUGACCGCGGUCAACGACAUUAUCGCGGCCGAGGUGGCGCGCUUCGGCGCGCCGCUGGGAACCAUCGGGGAGGAGGAGGGCGACGAGGAGGACGAACGGAGAGGUGGCGGCGGCGGCGGCGGCGGCGGAGGGCGCGGCGGUGAUGACACCGAGGAUGACGCCACGGGUGGUGUGGCGGGCGACGCACGCAGUCUGGACGAGAUGAGUGGUCGCAGUUCCGAGGAUGAGGCUGAGGACGAGGUUGACGCGGACUUUGAACGCGAGUGGAACGCUCUGAUGGGAGACACACAGAGCCGCUUGGGCGGCCUGUCGCUCAGCCCCGCUGGCCCGGCGGCAGCGGCAGCGGCGCCAGGGGCCGUAGGCACGUCAGGAGCAGGAGCAGGAGGUGUGGCGGCGGCAGGAGGAGCAGCCGGAGCAGGGGCGGCUGCAGCUGGGGAGCACGUGCACGGCCACGCGCACCAACGGCACCACCACCUGCAUCACCACCAAGGGCCGUACGGGCCAGGGGGUGGCGGCGGUGACGGGGCGGACGGUGAAGGCGGCGGCGGCGGCAGCGUGACGCUCAAGAUGCUGGUUAAGCGCGGGGGCAAGGAUGACCGGACCAGGGAGCUCCAGGUGCCGCUGAGCUCGGCGGUGGCCAUGGCGCUGCGGCAGCGCGAGGAGGAGGAGGCGCGCGAGCGCGAGGAGAUGAAGCGGCUUGUGCUGGCAGCCAACAGGGCUCAACAAGAAGAGCAGCUGGCGAGCUUGCAGCAGCAGAACGUGGGGCGGCCCGGCGGCGGCGGCCGGAAGGGCACCGGCUAUCGCCAGGCCAAGCACACGGGACAGCUGGACAUUUCCGUUCUUGACGACUUUGGGCCCUCGUACGAUCUGCCUUUUGAACGCGCCGCCGCGCCGCCGCCAGCACAGCAGCAGCAACAGCAGCAGCAGGCGCCGGCGGGCGGCGGGCGCGGCGGCUACGGCGGGCGUGGCGGCUACGGCGGGCGGGGGCGGGGCCUGCGGGAGUAUGGGUCAUUAGGGUGAGGCUUUGUUGUGAUGGGGCCAAGACCAGUGUUUGCGUUUGCGUGAUUGCUAAGGGCGGGGAGCUACUGGCUUGCUUGUUGCUGUGCGGGGGGGCGUUGCCAGGCAUACAGCGGGUUUGUUGUUCACUAUCCCGCUUACACUGUACAGGUUGUCGCCUGUACUAGGCUUAGACCAAACACGUUGAUGUGCAUUGUGGGAACAUGUGCAUUGUGGGAACAUGUGCAUUGUGGGAACAUGUGAACAUCGUCUUGCCAGGUUGUGAGGCCACAUGUGGCAAGAGGAGCUGGGUUGAGUUCGUAAGCACAUGUGUCAGGGGUGCUGGCCGCGGUUGUCACGCCAGGGAUGCGCAGUGGGUGUAGCACAUUCGUUCGUGUUUCGUGUUUACUGGGGUUCCAAGGUCACAUCAUCGGGGCACGAUGGCCCCGCGGAGCGUAAGUCGGUCUGGCAGUGCCAGUCUGUAGCGCCUACGAGGGAGUUGUAGUGAUGAGCGGUUGACAAACGAUGAAAUGCAUUCUCACAACGCUGCUCACAAGUAGUCAAAAGUGGCAAAGUUCACCUCAGCCUGUCUGGCAGGUGCUAGCGGGCUGGCCCUUGACCGGCGGUACGGCGGUUCUGACGUUAGUCUCGAGCCUACGUAAAGAU